AUUGGUUACACAUGCGUUUCCCAGCCGGUUCCACAAAAAAACCAUAGAAAGAAGCGAUAGGUUUAUUUACUUAUCUUUUUCGCCUAAAUGUAAGCUAAACCGCUAAGCCACAAACUCGGACCGUUUAGCUUUAACAAAUAAAUCAAAUUCAAUAAGAUUUCAUUGGGAAACACGUGUCAUUUAUAGUUAUAAAACUUUAUUUUUUUAUCUCACGUCUCCAUAAAAGGAGAGUUUUACCAGCAGGCCUCCUGUCGUGGUCAGGGGCGCAGCCAUGGCAGGCAAAGGCCGCGGGGUGGCUGCGUUUACCUUCAACAUUGAUGCUCUGGGCAUUGGCAGAGGCAACAUGCCAGAAGCCAGGGUGGGGCCCAGUCCACUGUUUCCAACUACUGAAUUUAAACCGGUUCCACUCAAAGGAGGUGAAGAGGAAGACUACAUGCUGGCGUUAAAACAGGAAUUAAGAGGAGCAAUGCAGAGGCUACCACACAACAUUAAAGCUUGCUCCAGCAAAACGGAGGUGGAGAAAUACACUGAAAGAUACUUGAAACAAGCCCAGAUUAACAGUGAGGAAUGGACUCCAGACUGGAACCUUUUUCCCAAAGAACUGAUGCCCCAAAGUAAAAAACGUAGAAUUAAGAAAGGCACCAAGACUAAAACUGUGAAGAAGUUGAAGGAAGAUAAAGCCAAUGUGCUCAGUAAACUGGAUGAAUUGGCCAAGAAAGAUGAAAAUCCUGAGAAGUCAGAUGAGGAAACUGAGAAGAAAGCAGAGGACGAUGAAGAAAUCGAAGAGGAAGAACUCGAAGAAGACAUAGAAGAGGAAAAUGACUACAUUGAAAGCUAUUUUGACAACGGUGAAGAUUUUGCUGCUGAAAGUGACGAUAACAUGGAUGGGGAAGCAACCUACUGAAGCCCAUUUUGCAUGGCUUUGACAGUUGCAUAUGAAAUGUCUGUUUAGCUAAAGCUCGUAAGCCAAGUAACUUCAUGUUUACGCCAUGUAAUUAUUUAAUGGAUAUGUAUAUAUAAGCAUAAAUAUGCAGACUUCAAAAAAUAAAUUAUUCAAAAUAGA